AGCAAUGUCUCAUUUUACAUACACACAUGAAGCAGGUGAGAACAAAUAUGCAAGGCUUUUUUUUCUUCAAGUUUAAAAUGAGACAUUGCUGGCAUAAUUUCAUUAUGGAAUACCAUAAUACAUAAAAACAGAACAGACUAGAACAAGCACGCACACGCAACCCAUUAGCUUUCUUCUCUUCCCAUUUCAGUAGCUGUCACUGAGAUAUCAGAAGUGAAUUGUCGAGUUAUAUUGAAUUGAUGUUUUGUUUCGUAUUGAAGGAACGCCGUUUUAUAAUUAUUUCUGUCGUAUGAGCGAAGAAGGUAAAGCGAGUGCGGCCUAAUUUCGUUUUGACUCGAAUUCUAUAAACGUAUUUCUCGGUAAUUUCCGUGAGCACGUGUUGUCUUGUCAAUUGUCAGCUGCGUGCUUGUUCUAUUUGACGUAUCGAAGUGGAAAGAGGAAGCUAAUGGGUUGUACGUCUGUUUUUUUGUUUUAUGAAUUUCAUAAAAUGCGUUGAAUCGUCCCACUGAUCUUAUUUAAUUUAGCUUUAAAAUUAAUAGAAAUCAACGUCAAUUAUAUUUCUUUCUUUCGCAUUUCUUUUUAUCAAUACUUUUUCAAACAUUUUUAUCUGUUUGGCAUGUGCAACAGUGGAAUAAUGUUAUGUAUUGUGCUGUCAUCAUCUUUUAUACAACCUUUCACUUCACCAACUACAUUAUUAGGCUGCUCUUCAUGGUCAGGGCCGAUUGACAACUUUACAACAGUUCUAGUAUUGUCUUGCAUUACUGUGCACACCUGUAGACGCUAUAUUGAGAGUAGAAGUGUCAGCAUCUAUUCCUCAGCAACUAUUUCUAUACUUCAUUAUAUUACAGGCUUUAUUCACUACUUCUCAUUAUCUGCUAUCCCAACAGUGGAAUCAGUUGUCAUUUGCAACAAUACAAAACUCACUUUUAAAGAAUUGCACCUCAGCAAGUUGCACCUUCUACAUCUCCUUGGGUUUUUACUUUUUGUAGUUUCUUCUUGGAAGCAGAACCAUUAUUGUAUUAUGCUGUCUAACCUAAGGAAAAAAAAAGCAAAUCAAAUAAAGAAUACAGAUUAUUAUAUUCCUGAUGGCGAUCUCUUCAAGUUCAUAUCUUGUCCCCAUUUUCUCAUGGAAAUACUUAUUCAUGUAUCAUUUAGCAUGAUGUCAUAUUUUUCUAAUAUACCUCUGUUAUCUUUACUUUUAUUUGUGAUUACCAACCAAUUAAUUUCUGGUUUCUUGAACCAUAGGUGGUAUAAAAACAUGGUACCAUCCUAUCCUCAAGAGAGAAGAGCAGUUAUACCUUUUCUAUUUUGAUAUAUUUUAUACAUUUUUAUAUACUUCAUAUCUUUGAAAACAUUAUGCUCAAAAUUUCCUUUUGAUUUGAAAUAUAAUAAAAUUUAUUAAAAUCUA